UUAUGACACCAAACCUCGGGGCCGCCAUUUUUAUUUCUUUCUGCCGCACAUUCACACCUUCAAAAACAUUCAAACUGAGAAACUUUUCAAGAAUUUCCGAAAUUUAAGGCGACCCACGGGAAUUUACGGAGCAGCAAGCAAUAACUGCGCAUUGUCGCCGCGCAGUUGCAAAGUUUCACCCGCGUCGACAUAAUUUGAUUUUAUUGAAUUUUCAACACUUGAAACCCCUCGAAACGUUAGUAAGGAGAAAAAGGAAAUCACUAAGUCCGUCUGCUGUCUUUUUCAGAUCAUAAUGUCCAGAUCAACGAAACGAAAACACGUAGCCCGGGAGCUCGAGGAGGAUUUAAGUGUGCCCACUGAGUCUCAAUCAAUAGUUCAACUAAUAGAAUCACGUGGGAAUAACCUUCACGAAGCGAUGGAUGCAACGGGAGAUCGAUUUCUAAUAUCUAUGCCACCGAAGUUUCGAAAAAGUAUCUGGGUGAAAAGAGGAGAUUUCGUUAUUAUCGAACCCAUUCUAGAAGGCGACAAAGUCAAGGGAGAAAUUUUUAAAAUCUUAACAAGGGAGCAUAUAAAGUUCUACCAGUCACAAAAUUGUUGGCCACAGGAAUUUGAACAAAAGCGACACGAAAGCAACGGGGAUGCAGACAAUGAAGAGGAAGAAGAUUCAAAAGAUAACGAAGAGAAGGAAGAAGAUGACCUUUUUGUGAACACGAACAGACCACCGGUAAAUCAUGAUACGACCGAAACAGAAAGUGAUCCUAGUUCCGAAGCCUCAGAUUCUGAUUAAAUGUACCUUCCUAGUAUGUACAAUUACUCUUAAUUAAUUUAAUUUUUACUGAAACAAGAGCUCACGAAAUUCUUCCUUGUUUUGAAAGUAUUUCUAUAUAGUUUUUGGAGGAAUUUCGAAGAGUUUGUUGUAAAUUUAUCGGCAUUGUGUCCAGUGCUAAGAAAAUUCGCAUGGCAAAGACUUGAGUGCAUUAACUCAGAGAUAGAAAGUGUCGCGCUAAUAAUGAACCAAUCUGUACCGCAUUGGUAGCCGUACAAUAUAGGUGUAAGUAUUAUAAAUAAAAUAAUGUAUAUCAUAUGUAUACUGUAUAGCAACCACUCGAAAUAACCGGUAUAUUUUUCUACCUCGCGGUACUUUCCAAUUAUGGCAAAAAUGUAUCGCUAUGUGUGUCCAAAAAAAAUAUAUUGUUAUCUUUUCUGGAUGUGAAUUAUAGAAUCGUAAUGAGCUCUGUGAUAAGAAACAAAGCUUAAUAGAAUAAAUCACGCUAUAAAUGUUGAAA